CUGAGCUGUAUGAAGAUGAAGAUGACGAGGUCUGUGGUCAGUCUGCUGUUCUUACUGACAGUUUCUGUGUCCAUAGAGAAGAUCAGUGGUAAGGUGUACCCUUUAGACCUGGCCUUCAACUCUGUGGACGACGCUUACGAAGGCUGCAGUAAGAAUAUGUCCAACUUUAUCAGUACCAAAUGCCUUGAAUAUGAAAAACAACAUACCCCUGGUUUCUUAAACGCUUGGACAAAUGCACUUAAUAAUGCGGUUAGAGAUAAACUAAACAUAAACCAGUCGGCUGCCAUCUAUCUGUACACACAAGACAAGUCCCAAAAUCCAGGGUGCUCAUAUAACGAGUUCAACAAUGCUUGUCGUGACGGAAAGAAAGCAUAUCAGUCAGGCGACUUUAAGUUUUACACCCUGUAUUAUUUUCUGACCGAAGCUGUUCAAGCACUCAAACCAAAAUUGUGUGUGACCGUAUAUCGCAGAACCAAUUAUAUAUACGGAACAGUCGUUCCAAAACAAAGAAUUCGAUUUGGGACGUUCACAUCCACCUCUUUGUUAAACAGCAUAAAUCAUUUUGGAAAGGUUUCCUGUUUUAAAAUUAAGACUUGUCUUGGAGCUAAACUGGGUAGGUACUCAGCUUUGCAACAUGAGCAAGAGGUGCUCAUUCCUCCAUAUGAGAUGUUCCUCAUCACUAAGAUUAACACAAAAGGUUUCUUGGUCAAAGCGAUGAAGUGCAGCACUGUAUAUGAACUGGAAAGUAAUGGUACCAGAAGUAACCUUAAUUGCAAAAAAAUUAAAUAA